AUGCCUGCAGAUAUAACUUUUAUGCAAAUGUGAGAUGGUCCAAAUUCAUUGAAGCGGAAAUCCUGACUGAGAGAAAAGCCGUGUGUGUGAACACCCGUGUGUUAGUACAGAAACAGUGAGGACUGCGACCAGUGUUGUAUAAAUAAUUGUAUCUACAUUAUUUUAGUCCAUUUUUUGAUCUCUGGAUUAAACCUUUGUAAACACAAUGGGAACAGUUGUGAACUUUAUUCUCUGCAGCAUUGUUGUGGUUAUUGCUCAGGGAGAGGUGAGUUUAGAGGCGGACAGGCCCUUUCUGAGGGUGAAGCUCUUUGAGACCGCUAUCCUGAAAUGCUGCUACAAGUCCAAUGUGAAGAACGUGACUUGGGCCAAACACAAACGUAACGAAAGCAUUCCUAUUUUGCCAUUGUCAGACAGUGUGACUACAAAUAACACAGAGGACAAUGGCAUAUUUUGUGGCAUCCUAACCUUAAAAUCAGCCCGUUUAAAUGACACUGGGUUCUACUGGUGUGUGCUGAUUGACGGUAGCAUCCUCGACUACACGCAUGGCACCUACCUGCAGGUCUAUGAACCACUGGAGAAGACAAUAAGCCUCAGAGAAAGUACCAAAAACAAGAUCCUGACAGCCGAGGGAAUCUUACUGUUGCUGUGUGUGAUUGUGCCUUCUGCCAGCCUUAUCUUCCAGUCAAAGAGACUUAGUGAACUGGAGAAGAAGAAAGUGACGAAGGAAGAGGAAAACAUUUACCAGGGGCUAAAUCUGGACGACUGUUGCACCACAUAUGAUCAAAUCGAACGUUCCCAGGCACAUGGCCCAUACCAGGAUGUUUGCAACAUCAUAGAGGAAGAGGAGGAGAUUCAGCUGGAGAAACCUUGAAAGAAAGGAGAAGAGAUAAAAAGGGAAGGAAGAAAGGGAGAGUACUAAGUCCUAUGUCAAGAGCUGAAGUUUAAGUGUGUGAUAUCUGAAUAUCAGGUUCAUUCUUUAGCUCACACAUUGGACUUUUGAGUUGUGUACAUAGCCUGCAGUUAUAGUUUUAGCAUCUGACCACACAUUGUUUUAUCAGCUUCUUUAAUUUGAGAUUAAACAUUUAUUUUUGACCUUGGAAACAGCAAAUGACAAAACAGUCUUGCCUCUUCAUUCAGGGCAGUAGCCAGAAUUGAAACAAGCCCCUCCACCCCAGGUCAUGUCUGUUACAUUCAGAUGUGUAUUUUAUUUUGUGUAUGCAUUUAAAAACAGUGUGGUCAACUCCAAAAUGUCUGUGUUUUAUCCUGAAAUGAUGAAAAUGAAACUAUCCUUCACGUCCCUAAAUAAACAGAGGAUAUGCACUCUGUGGCUUCAACAGUAGCUAGAGGCCUGCACUCAGUAGCUGGUCUGAGUCCAUUUCUUUUUAACAUCAUGAAAAAUCCAUCUUCUAAGGAAGGUCGUGUGAUGUGAUUGAAAGCUCCAGAACUGCUCAUGAGUGGACCUGGUGGUGAGACUGUUUAGUUGUCGGCUCCUUUAAUAUUCAUUUAAAAAUAUAGAAAGAAUGUCUUGCAUUUUAUUGGAUGAUUUUCUUGUGUAUUACAGUGUAUUUGCUUGUGUGCUCAAAGAAUAAAGUUGUGUAAUAAAUCCUA